UUAACAAAAUAAUAAUAAUAAUAACUAUUAAUAAAUGGAAUCUCAAAGACCAGCCAUCAGAAAGACAAAGUCUAUGGACUUCAAAAUUAUGUCUGUAAUGAAGAAACUCAAUGCAUUCACAUCUGAAGACCUUGAGAAAGCCACUCCCCUCAAGGUGACCUAUAUCGCCAACAAGAAAGCCAGAAUUGUCAAGUGCAGAUGCAGCGAAGGCACUGAUGAAGGAAGUCAGUAAAUACCAAUGACUGAAUCUGAGACAAAGCAUUAGCUUAUAAUGCUUUAAACUCAGAGUUUGGAUAUCAAACGCCAUGAGCCCUUACUAAUUAUAAAAGGCUUAUUGAGCUUCACGAUACCAACUCCUAAUAAUAACUUUUACUAAUAUCUCU